GAUACUUGAUCGUAUCAACUGUUGAAGAGGUAGACACGGUCCCAGUGGAUUUGGAUCAAAUCUGGCGGAAGCGCCAGGGUGUACAGAAUUAGACAGCUGAUUCUAGAUUUUACAGUGCUAUUCGAAUGAAUCGAAUGGAAUGGAUUACGGAUAUAUAAAGGCCAGUAUUAGUUAGUAGCUAGUUUUUAAGAUUGACUGUGAUACGAUUUAGAUAGUGAAUUUUGUAAAAGUUAAGUUUUUUCAGUUAAUUAGUCUCAGAGUGUGAGCCAAGAUUUCUGUCACGCUACCCACAGCCGUGACAGUAUCGACUGCUUAUCCAACAGUAGGAUAGGUUCUAACAUCAGGCUGGCUGCCAACAUACUUGGUCUAAGUUCUUAUCCAAAUGCACUUGGACAGUGUCAACCGGACUUAAGUCUUUAUUAGUCACCUACCUUAUUCAAUGAUUCUUAUUCUGGGUAUUCUAUAUGUUGCGGAAAUAACCCACAACAGUCGGGUUUGCGUUACCGAACUGUGUACUGGUCAGCAAUACUAAGUUCAUCGAAAUUAUGCUGUAAAAACUAUACCAAGAAACAAAAACAAUGUUGCUGUCGAUUGUAAUUUACGGAAUUCUGAUCGCUUUUAUUGUUAAGAUGGUUUUGAAGUCUGGGUAUACGUUUUAUCAUGGUCCUGAAUGUCUUGUUGGGAAAGUUGCCAUUGUUACUGGUGGUAAUAAAGGUAUUGGUUUUGAAGUAUCCAGAUGUCUGGCAUCGAGAGGCUGCAAAGUGAUAAUCGCGUGUAGAAGUAACGCGGAAAACGAACGACAAAAUCUAAUACAAACAACAAAAAACGAACAGAUUUACGUUAAACAUUUGGACCUGAAGUCGUUCGAGUCGGUGAGAAAUUUUGCGAAAGAAAUUUACAAAACCGAAAGCAAAAUAGAUAUUCUAGUGAAUAAUGCCGGAGUGGCUGCAGAUACCGGAUUGUCCGGGGACGGUUUGGAUCCCGUGGUGCAAACGAAUCUGUUCGGGCCGUUUUUAUUGACCCAUUUAUUAGCUGAUUUACUUAAAAAAUCCAACGAUGCACGAAUUGUAUUUACUUCGUCGAUUAUGGCAUUUAUCAAUGAUCUCACAGUGGAAAAUGUAAAUCCGGAACCCAAGGACAGAAGAGUUGAAGACUUUUUAACAGUAUAUGGAAAUACUAAACUAGCCGAAAUUAUCAUUUCCAAUAAGAUAUCGGAAAAAUUGAAAAAAUACGGAGUUAAAUCUAAUGCCCUCCAUCCUGGCAUGAUUAGUACGAAUAUUUGGCAAGGUUUCGACGUGAAACCUCUUCAGUUUUACGAGCUUAUUUGUAAAUGGGUUACUUUAAUAAGCGUUUUUUUCUACGCUAGGACCCCAUAUGAAGGAGCUCAAGGCAUAAUCGAAUUAGCCAUCUCAGACAAACACAAAGAAACGAGCGGAAAAUUUUAUUGGGCAUAUCGAAUGACCACCAUAUUUCCGGACCCUUGGAAAUUGAAGAACGAAAAGCUUUGCGACGCGAUUUGGUCGAAACUUGAAACUGUGGUGAAGUUGAAACCUGAAGAAAAGUUGAAGUAGAUUUAAUUAAGUCGAUUAAGAAAUUUUGAAAUCAUUGUCCAAAAACCUACUUUUAAUUACGAUAUUCCUGGACAAAAACCACACUGCGUAUAUAUUUAUUUUUAUUAUUAUUUUUGUGAUCUAACAUUUUUCAUUUGAACCUACUCACUGCUUAGAAUAAAAUAUACAUCCAAUAAAGUAUUUCAAUGACAUACCUAUCUGGAAUAUUUAGAUUUUUAUUUUGCUCUAUUUAGAUGUUCUCUUGUUUACCAAAUAUAUUUAUAUUGUCACUGUCUCCUAUAGCAAAGUUAAUUUCAGCAUUUUAGUCUUGAGACGUCGUGUUGCAAGACACGCCCUGAGAAAUAAGAGAUAAUUAAAUUUUCGCUUAGUUUGUCACGACUUCAGUAUAUAGUAGUGUUAAAAAACUUUUUUAAUUUCAAGUCUCAGUUUGAUGAACAAACUAACAACGAGGCGUUAAUAAAUUCUUGUGAAUGUCAUACUAAGAUGAAAUAUUUUAUAGUGAAUUUAAAAAUUAUUUCCUUCAUUUCCUAGGCUAUAUCUCUCUCAUACAUAGUUCAAAUAAAAAAUUUACUAUGGAAUAUAUUCAUGUAAAAUUUAAAUCUACUGCUAGCAGGUUUUGCUCAUGCACAUCCAAUAUCAGCGAAAAAUUCUUGAAUAAUCAUUAUCCAGACUGUUUAUAUUUCUUCAUAAAUAAAUAGAACAAAAGUUCACAGCGUCAAAGCUUACACGAGUUUUGCCCUCCUUUUAUAUUCAAAAAAGUCCUGCCAGUUUAAAUGAAAUUUAAUGAAAACGAAAUAUUUUCUUUAUACAUGCUCUCUCUGGUGCAAGCCGUUUGCUUUUAGCUUUCAACUCAAAAUUUAGUAGUUUCCAUUUGUUUUGAUAGGAGUUUAUUAUGCAUGGCUUUAGGUCAAGAGAAAUUUCAGACUCUGGAAUCAGUCCAAUAAAGUGCCACUAUUAUGAAAUCUAUCAAUCCAAUGUCUAUAUAUGAUUGAAGCACUUUUUCAAAGUUCUUGUAUUUAUUAAUUAGGAUAAAUUGGAAAUAAAUCUGGAGCUCAGAUAUAGGAUUAUCAAUGUUUUGCUCUCUGGAUAGGUACCAAAAAAAAAACUUGUUAAAUGGUGUAAAAUCACUUUCACCACUUCAAAGUUACAGAGGAUUCAAUAAGUAGGAUAUUUUCAUCAAAUAGAAUAAAUUAGAAAUAAACCUGAGAUUCAGAUAUAGAGAAAAAUGAAUGUUCAAUAGACUCUAGAUAUUAGAAAAUACGUUUUUAUAGCCUUGCAAAAAUUCUCACAUUUCUGAAAUAGGUACCUAUUUAGCUCAAAAUGUAUAGUUACCAAAUUACCAAG